UUCAGACACGGUUCAUUCAUUAAUUUCCACCAAUUGAAAUCUACACUUUUACGAGUGCGUAGCCAUUGGAGUACGCAAUCAUGAAUGAACUGUUAUGGGAUCUUUAAAUCCCACGUGAAUGAGAGUUAAAGGACGCGCCUUACGAGCGCUCUUUAAUUGUCAGGAACUGCUGCAGCCAGCAUUAUGACGAACUGUUCAGAGAUACUUUUAUUUCAGAUGAAGAUGAUUUAUGUUAAAUAUGAGAAAUGUUAUGUCAGUUGAAAUUACAAUAUACUAUGUAAAAAGACUCCAAGGCGCAGUCGUAAUAUUGAUAAAACAUCAUGCAUAGCUACCCAACAUGGUUUUGGAGCACCUGCACAGUUUUUUCUUUAUCAGAUUUAGAAUAUUGUUAGUUAAUUAGUGAGUAUUGUGAAGCACAUUUUUUUUGUACAAUGGAGAAGCAAGAGUUUUUCAAUCUUGUGAACGGAAAGACGAAAGUACCGCGUCAAAUACCGGUACCAGAACUGAGCCAAAUUACCAACGAUAAUUUUACACGAAAUCCGUUGAAAAAUUUCAGUAUGAGGAAAUUACGUACUCGUCAGGUCUACGAAUUGAUCGCAAGAUCAGCUGUAAAUAGUCGAAUAAAUAAAUUCAUCGGAGAGGACAACAGCCCUGAAGAAGAAAUAAUGCGAUUUCCUCGACGUCAACCACCAGAUGCGUUUUACGUGCAAAUUGUUAAGGUCUACGGAAAUUCCAUCCCAACAGUCGGGAUUCCGGCCGAAUGGGAAGAGAAUAUCUUGACCCUCAUCCCCAGGAAUAUCAGAUUAAAAUAUCCACAUAUCGUCGAACAAAUAAUAGUAGAGACGCGAGAAAACUACAUAGGAGAAAUGCACAGUUUCGGAGUAAACACCGUACUACAUCCGACCGUACUUGAAGUUGAAGAUGAGAAACCCCCGUUAAUACAUCCUUUCGCUUACGAGGGUCGCACAAAAAAUUAUGACACGUUUCUCAGGAACCGCGAAUCGUUCGGAAAACAGUAUUUCCUAUCCCACAAGUUGAUCAAAGCAAUAAAAGCGAAGGCGUGCCUUGAGCUUCCCGAAAAAUUCCUUGACCUUUCACGCUACCAUAAAUCCGGGUUGUUGGAGUUGCAUGAACUCAAAGACGCCGUAGCAACUGAUUUGCGAAAAAUCAGCCUCCUGAUAUCGAAGCGUUACUAUAAUGAAAUUGUGAAAUUAAUAGCCAGACCAAAGUACUUGAACGUGACCUCUGGGAAGAACUUUUUACAAUUUUUACGUUGUGCUUCAAAGCUCUUCAUCCAGGAGAUACUGAACCGCAUGAUCAGGACGGUCGAAAAUUUGGUGCAAAUCCUGGCCGAUCCACAUCAAUGUCCUCGACUCAAACUAGAGUUUAUUUGCGCGGAAUACGAGCUCGUAGUUCAGCCGGGUGUUGAUGAAAUUUACCAUAGCUAUCACCGAAUGGUGGAAGACGUGGGUACCCUAGGCCAGGAGAUGACGCCUUUCGAGUACUGGCUGAAGAUCAAAACGAAAAUUAAUUACAUGGAAGUAAAACUACCCAAAUGGUUCAGAAACGAAGCACACGAAAGGCUUCAAAUGGCCCUUGAGAAGGUCUACCAACCGCUAAACUCUCAUUGCGCGAAUAUCAAGAGGAAAUUCGACGUGGUUUGCAAACCGGAAACCGAGGCGGGCAUUGUAAAAUUUGUCGCAAAUAACCGGUCGUUCGAAGAAUAUUGUAUCCAGGUGAAAAAAUUCAACGGUUUCAUCACGGAAGCCAACGAAAUGGUGGCGAACGAAUAUUAUGCGAUCGGGAGGCUCACGCAAGUCAAGGCGAAGACCACGUUGAAGAAUAAGGCUAGAGGGAUCGUAGGCAUCGUCGUUGCGGAGCUCGUCAGACACCAUCAGGAAUACAAUAGAUCCAUCUGCGACGUAUUUGAAGAGCUGAAUACGAAGGCAUUGGACGUUCCAAGUAACGCCAAAGACCUUUUCACCCUCAAUGAGUACAUGGCGUACGCCUCCACGACAUUGAUCAAGGAAUUAGAAGAGCGCAUACGACGCUCCAUAGAAAUGCUUGACUCCCUCAUCAGGAUUGCUACUCUCAGCGAAUCCCACUUGGAGCUGAAUAGACAGACGAUCAACUGGUUGACAAAAAUCGGCCCCGUGUUCGAGCGUAGCGCGAUUCUAUGCGAAGCGACUAAAUGCGAACUCGAAGACGAGCUGCAGCGGAGAACGAACGUGCUCAACGUGGACGUGGAUGAAUUCUUUCCGAAACUUAUAAUUCUCGACGAUAUGGACGACGUGAACCGCAUCCGUGAAUACACCGAUGAUAUCGAUCUCCUGAUGAGACAAGUGGAGGGAAUUGACGAACAGAUACAAUGGAUAAACCUCGAAGAAAGGCUCUUCAAGUUUCCAGAAACGACUUUCACGAAAGUCGACGAGAUCAAGGAAACCAUCGAACCAUUCCACGUCCUCGUACGACUCAUUUACCGAUGGAAACGUGACAACGACGUCUGGCUCGACGGUCCUUUCGACUACCUCGACGCCAACGUUAUCAAGGAAAAGACCGACGAGUAUCGCAACCGAUUCGCUGAAAUCAGUAAAACUUAUCGCGCCAAAUUAAAGGCCGACCUCGCAGCCAACAAAUCAUUUCGUUUUUCCGGAAUCGUCGACGAUCCCGAUCCAAUGCAGCAGCCACCUCCGCUGAAACUUUGCUUCCAGGUGAUCAAGGAAGUCAACGAUUUCAACCAGUACGUUCCGCUAGCUGUAUGCGUGUGCAAUCCAGCACUUGUGAAGAGACACUGGGACGAGAUGUCGUUGAUCGCCGGUAUCGAUCUGGUACCGAACGCCGGAACGACUCUGAGGAAAAUAAUUGGUUUCGAUCUAAUGCGUGACAUCGAUAAGUACCAGGUGAUCAGCAUCGGAGCGAACAAGGAACUGGCUCUUCAGAAUCAGUUGGCUGCGAUGAUCGACGAAUGGAAUCCAUUGAUCCUGAGGACCGCCCCGGUCGCCAACACCGAUUUGAGAACCCUGGUCGAAUCGGAUGAGGUGGAAAUACUCCUGGAAGAGCAGCUGAUAAAGAUCGACGAAAUGCGAUCUUCUUACUUCGUUCGCCCGAUAGACCGUGAAGUUAAAAACUUUCGAUCCACCCUGAUGACUAUUGGAAAGACUUUGGAGCGUUGGAUUGCCUUACAAAAUCGUUGGCUGGACCUUCGUCCCGUCUUCACCAGUAGGGGAAUAAGAUCUGAACUGUCCAGAGAAAGUAGACUAUACGAGACGGUUGAAAACGUGCUGAACCUUGCCUUGAAAAGGAUAGCUAAGGAUCCGCGAGUCCGGAGCGUCGCGGAAAGCCAAGAUUUCCUCGCUUCUAUAGUCCGGGGUGCCGAAGAUAUGGAAAGGAUCAGUGAAGGCGUGCGACGCUACUUGGUAACGAAAAGGCUGCGAUUUCCACGUUUCUUCUUUCUUUCCGACAAAGAGGUUCUUCGCACGCUGUUCGACGUAGGAGAUUUCACGCGCGGCCCUCAGCCCUGUCUUACAAAGUGCUUUCGCGGCCUAGACAGACUCGGUAGUGAUUCAGAUCCUGAUAGUUACUUGUUGAUCGGACACGACGGUGAACAAAUUCGAGCGUCAGGAUGUUCGCUUGGCUCUCUGAUGGAAACAGGUCGGGCCGAGGAUUGGCUCAUACAGGUAGAACGCGACAUGACCUCAACUCUGAAGAAAGAAGUGAGAUCGAGCUGCCUGGAUAUGGAAGAAUUCUCGAAAUCCCGAAUCGCUUGGAUCCUGAGCUUUCCAGGGAUGGUGUCUCUGUGCGCGUCCCGGGUAUUCUGGACCGCUAGAAUCUCCGCUAUAUUCGCCGACCCCGAGGCGAAUAAUCUCGCGAAUUUCGAAAAAGCUCUCGAAUUUCAGCUGUCGGAAUUGGUGGCUGAGUGCAGAAAGCCGCUAAUCAGAAGACACCGGCGUAUUCUGGUGGCGAAUAUCGUGGCUGAGCUUCACGCCAAGGAUACAGUAGAGCUUCUGAUCGAGAGGAAGGUCACCGACGAGCAAAACUUCGACUGGAAAUCUCAGUUGCGGUACUAUCUUGAAGACGAUGGCAUCGGGGCUCAGGUGAUUUCGAUAAAAAUGAUGGAAGCGGAGAUGAAGUACGGCUACGAAUACCUGGGAAAUCAGGAAACCUGUCCAAUCGUCGUGACGCCGUUGACCGACAGGUGCUAUCGGACCUUGCUGGAGGCACGGAGCUACUGCUUAUUCGGAGCUCUGGAGGGACCAGCGGCUACAGGAAAAACGGAGACGGUCCGAGGACUCGCCAGAGCAGUCGGUGUCCAGUGUGUAAUUGUCGGUUGUUCGGAACAUCUCGACCACAUCUGCACGGGAAAUAUUCUUAAAGGAGUCGCCAGUUGCGGUGCGUGGGUGUGCCUGGAUGACUUCGACAAGAUCAAUCUCGAAGUACUUUCUGUAGUGGGUCAGCAAAUGUACGCGAUAACCAGAGGGAUCCGUACCGCUGCGAAGAGAUUCGAACUCGAAGGAAGCAGCCUGCGAUUGGACCCCGCGUGCAACAUUUGCGUGACCUUUCAUCCCGGGUACGCGGGACACUUUACCGUACCGGACAACACGAGGACCCUCUUCAGGACGGUGGCACUUGUCCUACCGGAUUUUCUCAGGGUAGCCGAAGUCGAGUUGUAUGCCGGAGGUUUCGUGAACGCUAAUAUCCUGGCUUUCAAACUUGUCACGACCCACAAACUUUGCGCUGACCUCCUAGCCACGGAGGCGUGCUACGACUUCGGAAUGCGGUGUAUGAAAACCGUAUUGAGAAUGGCGGUUCACCUGAAACUUCGAUCUCCCGACGAGGAUGAAUCGACGCUCCUAAUGAGAUCCCUCGUAGACGUACACCUAGCUAAAUUCCUCGAACGUGAUAUCGUAAUAUUUGAAGGUAUCCUUCGCGAUAUCUUUCCAAAGGUAAUUUUACCCCCACCGAAUUACGAACCGAUAGUUCGAGCCAUACGGCGGGUCUGCGAAGACCGUAAACUCCACUCUCAUGAAACUUUUGAACUCAAAGCGAUACAAAUGUUCGAGACGAUACGGGCGCGUCGUGGCACCAUUGUCAUGGGUGAAACAUUCGGUGGCAAAACCUCGAUUCUUCAAUGUCUGGCGGCUGCUCUCAGUUAUCUAGCCGUCGAAAAGAACGCGAUUUUUGGUCGUGUCACAGAAAUCCGGACCGUAAACCCGAAAUCUGUCGACAUCGAUCGCCUGUUCGGUAGAUUGGAUUUGAAAACACGAGCGUGGAGCGACGGAAUUGUUCCGUCAAUUUUGCGAGAAUUCGCUGAACCGGAUCCCGUCCAGAGUCCACGAUCGUGUUGGCUGGUUUUUGACGGCCCCGUCGAGCCCAGGUGGGCAGAAAAUUUAAAUACCGCGUUAGACGACAAUAACAUACUCUCCCUGGCGUCUGGCGAAAAAAUUCGACUCCCUCAAGACUCAUGUGCCAUAAUAUUCGAGACCCUCGACUUGGAACAGGCGUCCCCGGCUACCGUGUCACGUUGCGGAAUGGUUUACGUCGAGACAAGUUCGUCGGGAUGGAAACCUUUCGCUACCACGUGGCUGGAAACCUGGGAGUGUAACAAUCGCACUUUUGCCAGUGGCAGCCUAAAGAUUCUCCUGGAAUGGCUGGUGGAUCCUUGCCUCGAAUUCGUGAGAGGUAAAUAUUACGGAAUUUCCAACUCGUACCUACAGAACGAACUCCCAAUUUUUAAUAAAGAUCGCUCUUCUGCUUUUUACAUCUCCCUGCAGACAACUCUCGACAACUCAACUCUGAAUAUAAUCGAAAUGUUGGUGAGCGACGCGAUCGCGGAUAGUCCUGAGGUUUCACGCGACCUGGAGGUGACGUGGACGCAGGCAGCGACUGUCCAAGCUUUCACUUGGGGUAUGGGCGGUACCCUGUGCCAAAAUUCGAUCGCCGGUUUCGAAGCGUUCUUCAGCUCCUUGUGGUGCGGCGACGUCGACCAGCGUCCGGUACCCGCGCUUCCGACAGGAGCUGUGGACGUCCUGUUGCCGUCGGAGGGUUCGAUCAGGGAUUUUUUUUACACCUUCAAAGGUCGCGGAGUGUGGAAACACUGGACGGAUAUUUUGAAGAGCGAAAAACUCGUGGAAACGCGAUUCCUCAGUCAAAUGAUCGUACCGACGAUCGACACGAUAAAAUACGCGAGCAUCUUCAACCGCCACGUUAAUCACCGCAAGCAGUUUUUGGUGUGCGGUGAACCAGCUACCGGAAAAACGAUCUGCGUACGCGAUCUACUCCGUAACGGUCCUAAACGGAGCAGCCACCUUUCAAACUUCAUAACUUUUACCCAGAAAACCACAUCGGCCGAAGCUCAGGAACUGAUCGUUUCGAGAUUGAAUAAAAAGAAGCGGGGUCACUACGGUCCUCCGGACGGAAAGUUCUGCGUAACUUUUGUCGACGAUAUCAACGCGCCCUUCGAAGAAGAGAACGGCGCUCGACCAGCUCUGGAAUUGCUCAGGCAAUUCUUCGACCACAAGCACUGGUACGACCUAGAAGAACCGGACAAAGUUUAUAUCCAGGACACUAUAUUCGUCGCGGCGAUGACCGUUCCAAAUCCGGGCCGAAAGGAAAGCGUACCACCCCCAAGAUUUCUCCGACAUUUCAACGUCUACGCUGUACCAGCGUUGUCGAGAGACACUCUUUUCAGGAUAUUCAGCAACGUCUGUUUGAGCGGCUUGAAAAGGAAUGGCUUCAACCCGGACGUGAUGGGAGUGGUGCAUAACUUGGUGAACGCAACUCUAGACGUCUGGAGCGCCGCUCUUACCGGGUUGAGACCGACGCCUGAGAAGUCGCAUUACCUCUUCAACGUAAGAGAUAUUUCAAGAACGAUCGCUGGAUGUGUACUGAUUCGAAAGGAGUCAGCGGAUUCGAAAUUGAUAUUCGUAAGACUCUGGGUACACGAGAUUCUGCGGGUAUUCCGCGACCGGCUCGUUCGUCACGACGACGCGAACUGGCUCCUCGCUAAGAUAAAAGAAUCCGUCAAGGUCUUUUUUAAGGAUCAAUCAUUUGAAACAGCUUUCGAUCACCUCCCCAGACACAACGAUCAGAUCGACAGCGAGAGCUUGGACGGCCUGCUGUUUGCGAAUUUCAUGGAUGCCGAGACGAACAUCGAAAAUCGUCGAUACGAGGAGAUUUCCAGCGUAGAAAACCUUAAGAAAAGAAUCAUCAAUUAUUUGGCGGAAUACAACGAAACGAACGCAAAGCAAAUGGAUAUCCUGCCAUUCCGGCGUGCGUUGGAUCACCUCGUCAGACUUUGCAGAAUCCUCGCGAUUCCCGGUGAAAGUAUACUCUUCGUUGCUGUAGAUGGAUCGGGACGAAGGUCCUUGACUCGUUUAGCGGGGCACGCAAUGCGCCAAGCGGUUUACGAACCCGCGGCCGGCACAUUCCGAGACUCGAAAACUUGGCGGAUAAACCUUGCCAAGGCUCUGAAGAGUUCCGCGGCUACGGGGAAAGACUUCGUUUUCUUGACAACGGACAGGCAGAUGAAAGAUGAACACCUCCUCGACGUCGACAGCCUUCUGAACACCGGCGAAAUCCCGAAUCUAUUCACGGCCGACGAACGUCAGGAAAUUAUCGAGACGGUCCGUCUUGCGGCACAGGACGGUGACCGCAACCUCGAACUCAGCGGUGUAGCUGUCAUGGAAUACUUCGUCAAUCGUUGCAAGGAGAGACUUCAUUUUGUACUCUGUUUCAGUAUCACAGGACCCGCUUUUCGACGGAGUCUCUUCACCUAUCCGAGCCUACGCAACUGCUCCGUCAACUGGUUUUAUGGCUGGCCCGAAGCCGCUCUCGAAGAAGUGGCAACAAAAUACACGACAACUGCCAAGCUUCCCGAAGAUGUCAAGGCGAAAUGCGCGACAGCCUGCAGAUACUUCCACAACUCUGUCAAUGAAAUGGGUGAAAAAUACGAAAAACUUAGCGGCAGACUGACGUACGUAACGGUACCACGUUUUCUACAUCUGGUACGUUCCUUCGCAGAGCACACGGCCCGUAAACAGGAAUCGAUAACUACGGCGCGAAAUAGAUACGUCGCUGGUCUUGAAAAGCUGCAAUUUGCAGCGGGUCAAGUGGCGCGAAUGAAGACAACUCUGACCGCUCUGAGGCCACAGCUCGAGUUAUCGGCUAAGGAAACCAUCGCGACGAUGACGGAGAUCGAAAACGAGAACGUCAGCGUCGAAAGGGCGACGGUGCUGGUCAAACGUGAGGAAGAAGUCGCGAACAAGAAAGCGGAAAUUGCGGGUGCCCUGAAAACUGAAUGCGAAGCUGACCUGGCGGUGGCUAUUCCUAUCCUGGAGGACGCCAUCGCCGCUUUGAACACCCUGAAACCUGCGGACAUCACACUGGUAAAAGCGAUGAAAAAUCCUCCGGAUACGGUAAAACUCGUGAUGGCUGCGGUCUGUGUGAUGCUGAAUGUCUCGCCGGAUCGUUCCAUGGAUCCUGUUACGGGGAAAAAAACCACCGAUUACUGGGGUCCGAGUAAACGCGUCCUCGGCGACAUGAAUUUUCUACAGAAUCUCAAGGACUACGACAAGGAUAAUAUCCCGGUGGCUCUGAUGAAUGUCGUUAAAAAAACCUACAUGACGGACAAAAGUUUCAUGCCAAAUAUCGUCGCGAAGGCUUCCAGUGCCGCGGAGGGUCUUUGCAAAUGGGUGAGAGCUAUGGUUUCGUACGACGAUGUCGCCAAGGUCGUUGCACCGAAGAAAGAAAAGCUGGUAGCCGCCCAAAAAGAGUGCGACGAAACCGAGGCCUUCCUCAACGAGAAACGAAAAACUCUGGCCGACCUCAACGCAAAGUUAGCGGUACUGAACGGCAGUUUACGCGCGACUCUUGCCAAGAAAAUGGACCUCGAAAAGCAGGUUGCCAGCUGUACCGAAAAGCUCAUCAAAGCUGAGAACCUAAUCAGCAGUCUCGGUGGAGAGAAAAAAAGGUGGCUACGAAACGCCGAGAGACUUGAAAGAUUCCACGAUAACUUGGCAGGAGAUGUUCUCCUUUCGUGCGGUAUCAUUGCUUACCUGGGUCCCUUUUCGGCCGCCUGUCGUCUCGAGAUCCUGAACAAAUGGCGCAAUCACGUAUCAGCUGCGCGAAUACCCUGCUCGGAUGAGUUCAAUUUCGUGGAAGUUCUGGGAUCCGAGAUAAAAAUCAGUGCGUGGAACGUGCAUGGCUUAUCAAAGGAUGCGUAUUCCACCGAGAACGCGGUUAUACAGGACAAUUCAAAGAUGUGGAGUUUGCUGAUCGACCCACAGAGCCAAGCCAAUAAUUGGAUCAGGGGAGUGGAGGCACCGAACGGUCUUCGGGUGAUAAAAUUGUCGGACGCGAGGUACAUGGAAAUCCUCGAACACAGUAUAGAGGCAGGAAAGCCGGUCCUGCUCGAAAAUAUAGAAGAGGAACUGGACCCUUCUCUAGACCCGAUUCUUACGAAAGACGUUCACGAGAUCGAAGGCGUCACGUUCCUCGCCAUCGCCUCGAAAACUCUGAAAUAUUCGGAUCAAUUCCGUUUUUACAUCACUACGAAAUUACCGAACCCUCGUUACCCCCCUUACAUUUUUAACCUGGUCUCGGUCAUUGACUUUUCGCUGACAAACGAGGGCCUGGAAAGCCAACUUCUGGACAUCGUGGUAGCCAAGGAGCGUCCGGACCUUCAAGAGAAGCUAGAAAACUUGUUGGUACAAAGCGCAGCGAAUAAGAAAAAUCUGAAACAGGAGGAAGACAACAUACUGAUAACGCUGUCGACAUCUACGACAAACAUACUGGAAGACGACAACGCGAUAAGGCUACUAGACUCGUCGAAACACCUGGCAAUCAGCAUAGUCAAAAAACAGGAGGCGAGUAACGCGACCGAAUCGCACAUAGACACAUUCCGACAGAGGUAUCGUCCCUUCGCUGCGCAUAGCGCCGCGAUGUAUCGCACUCUUGCAGGACUUCCUCUCGUUAAUCCUAUGUACCGUUUUUCCCUCGAGUGGUUCAUUCAUCUUUACGUCAGAUCCAUUGAAACUUCCAAUAGAAGCAUCGUUUUGCAAAAACGUCUCGAUUACCUCAGAAAUGCCUUCACCAAUAAUCUUUACGAAAGUGUAUCGCGUGGUCUGUUCGAACGAGACAAACUACUCUACUCGCUUAUUCUCUACGUCAAGAUCCUGCUAGAUGCUAAGGACAUAAGUGACGAAGAAAUUAACUUUUUCCUCACCGGUGACUCGAACAUCGAUAUCGUCAGUAACGUUGCCACUUCAGAGCUUCCGAAAGCUAAUUGCGAGUGGCUUGUCGAUACGUCUUGGAAUGCAAUUUGUCGAGCUAGUGAGAUUCUCGCAUCAUUCAAAGAUUUCCCUUCAAGUUUUUGCGCGAAUAGCUCUGCCUGGAAAUUUUACUAUGAUCUUGAAAAUCCCGAAGAAUUCCCGAUUCCCUCGCCAUGGGAUGAAAAGCUUACACCGUUCCAGCAGCUCAUCCUAACGAGGAUACUACGACCCGAUAGACUGGUCAUUAAUGUCGCAAAAUUUGUGAGGCUGGGAAUGGGCGAAAAAUUCGCGUCACCUCCAUUCUUCGACGUGUCGAAAUCAUACGUGGAGUCCAACUGCUUGGUGCCAUUGAUAUUUCUCCUCAGUCCUGGUUUCGACCCUACCUCCUCCGUCGUGAAACUUGCCGGCGAAUUGGGUUUCUCUGCAAGGUUUGUUUCUCUUUCGUUGGGUCAAGGUCAGGAGAACCAGGCGAAGUCCGUGAUAAAACGAGGGCAAAGGAAGGGGUGGUGGAUAUUCUUGCAAAAUUGUCAUUUGGCUGGGAACUGGCUCCCAGUUUUGGAAAGGAUCUGCGAAAGCUUCGACGCCUCCAACACUUCGCUAGAUUUUCGCUUAUGGCUGUCGAGUUACCCCACAAGAGAAUUCCCCAUUACUAUUCUCCAACGUGGUGUAAAAAUGACAAACGAACCAUCGACGGACCUCAAAAGGAACUUGACCAGUCGAUACAACACUCGGCCUGUCAGCAGCCGCGAAUACUUCGAAGGCUGUCCAGGAAAGAACAAAAUCUUCACGAAACUUCUGUACGGACUUUGCAUGUUCCACGCGGUCCUUCAGGGCCGGGCAAGCUUUCUCUAUCGUGGAUGGAAUCUGACUUACAAUUUCGACGAUUCGGACUUUCAAAUGGCAGCGCGGCGACUGCAGAUAUUUAUCAACAAUCACGACCCCAUCCCAUUCGGAGCUCUCGUGUACGUCCUCGCGGAGAUUCACUAUGGAGGGCGAGUUCCGGACGACGAAGACAAACGCUGUCUGGCCGCCAUCCUCGAAGAAUUUUGCAACCCAAAGAUGAUCGUGGGCAACAACUUCAAUUUUGCAUCUUCCACGACUUACAAGCUACCCAGGAAAUGCGAAUUUCGAGACUACGUCGGCCAGGUACUCACCGUCCCGGAUCAUCCAUCGCCGGAGAUUAUCGGACUCCACGGGAACGCGAGUAUCGUACGCGGUUCGAAUGACACCAGAGUUUUUUUAGACGCCAUGGUGUUGGCGCAUUCCCAAGGCAAAUACUCUCGGAGCAAUGACAUAGUGCCGGUCUUAAUUUCGAAUGUUUGCGAGAAAUUACCACCAAUUUUUAACGUUGAAACCGCCCGGACGAAACAUGCCGCGAGCUACGAUCACCCCCUCAGGGCAAUUCUGUACCAAGAAAUGAAAAGGUACAAUGUACUCAUCGAAGAAAUGACACGUUCUACCGAUAUCCUUGAAAAUGCAAUUCAAGGCCGCGUCAAGUGGACACUUUCAUUGGAAGAAUUUUCUCAGGAAGUGAGUCUGGGUAGAGUCCCAUCCUGCUGGAUCCGAGCAUCACCGUACAACCCACCAUCGAUGUCACUCUGCGUUUUUGUGGAUGAUCUCCAGCGGAGAGUUGAAUUUUUGAAUGUUUGGCUCGAAGAAAGAGAACCGUACGCUUACUGGCUAGGUGCAAUUUCUUCUGCAACUGCAUUCUUAGCUGCCGCGCGUCAAACUUUUGCAAGGAGCAAUUGCCUGACGUUGGACGAAGUGCAGUUCACCUUUGACGUUCUUCGAGUGGACCAGCCAAGAGACCUAUCGCCGUCAAAAUCUAACGGUGAAAUUUUAAUCAGCGAUUUGUUUCUAUCAGGUGCCAGGUGGGAGCCACACCGAAUGAUGCUCGUGGAAAGCUUCCCGAAAAUCCUCUGGGAUCGGAUGCCUCUUCUACGGUACAGACCUGUAGAGGUCAUCGAGGAGAUGCGAUCGAAUAAAUACGACUGUCCACUUUACGCAUCUAUCAUCAAAAAUACCGCCUUCGAUUCUAUGAAUCGUUUGAAAGGGUAUUUGUUGAACGUUGAAUUAGAUACGGACAAGCCCCUCAAACAUUGGAUACGGAGACGAGUCAUUCUCUAUUGUCAACGCGAUGAAUAAAAAUUGAGUAAUUUUAAUCAAUGUAUAGGAUGUAUGCAGUAACAGAUUAGGAAUAUAUUAUUGAAAAAAAUACAGGACAAUAAAAUUCACAAUUUUCUUCUUCAAAUUACGAUCGUCGAGCGUUUCCUCCGUAUAAUUUAACUAAUCGGGCCCAUUCUUUCGGGUAAUUCUUUGAUACGAAUUGCACAACCUUAGCAGCAUUUGCACGUUGUUGUGGUUGGCAACGAGCGCAGUUAUUAAUCAGUACCUCCUUCAACGAAACUGUAAUCGGUAAUUUUUGCCUAAUUAAAUAUGCCUGUAUAUAUGUACGUGAAUAUUUGGUGCUUGUGAAUAUAAAAAAAAAUAAAAAAAAUAG